ACACGAAACUCUAAAUUUAAUUCACGUGCGGCUUACAAUCGACUCAUUCUGAAUUUUUUCUGUAUCUCGAUUAAAGACCGGCGACAACUAUCUUUCUAUUAGCAGCAGCUACGCAAGACAAAGACAUGGACCGACAAGUAGUUGGGAUUCUGGGCGGAGGUCAGUUAGGCCGGAUGCUGGUUGAGGCCGCGAGCAGAUUGGACGUGAAGACGCUGAUUCUGGACGCGGAGAACGCACCGGCGAAGCAGAUCCGGGCGUCGGACGAGCACGUCACUGGGUCGUUUGCGGACGCUGCCGCGGUGCGGGAGUUGGCGGAGAAAGUGGAUGUGCUGACGAUUGAGAUUGAGCACGUUGAUACGACGGUGCUGUUUGAGCUCGAGAAGGAGAAGGGGGAGAAGCUGCAGAUUCAUCCUUCGCCGGCGACGAUUAAGUUGAUUCAGGAUAAGUUCUUGCAGAAGGAGUUUUUGCUCAAGAACGGGGUCGCUGCUGCUGAGUGCGAGAGCGUGGAGAGCACCGAGGUUGCGUUGGAGAAGGUGGGUGAGAAGUACGGAUAUCCGUACAUGCUCAAGUCGCGGACGCAGGCCUACGACGGCCGAGGCAAUUUCGUGGUGUCGUCGAAGGACGAUAUCCCCGAAGCCCUCAAGACGCUGCACUCGCGACCGCUGUACGCGGAGAAAUGGUGCCCGUUUACAAAAGAGCUCGCGGUGAUGGUCCUGCGAGAGCGCGACGGCUCGGUGUCGUCGUACCCGACCGUCGAGACCGUGCAGAAGGACAAUAUCUGCCAUCUCGUGUACGCGCCCGCGCGGGUGCCGGAUUCGGUGCAGUUAAAAGCCAAGGUUUUAGCCGAACGCGCGGUGUCGCUGUUCAGCGGCGCGGGUAUCUACGGCGUCGAGAUGUUCCUGCUCGAGAACGGCGAGAUCCUCUUAAACGAGAUCGCGCCCCGGCCGCAUAACUCGGGCCAUUACACGAUCGACGGGUGCGCGACUUCGCAGUUCGAGGCGCAUAUGCGUGCGAUUCUGGGCCUGCCGAUUCCGAAGAGCAAGACCGGGUUCGCGCUCUCGACGCCGUAUACGAGUGCGAUCAUGUUGAACGUGCUCGGUGGCGCGGAGCCGGAUUCGGAGCUGGAGAUUUGUCGGCGUGCGUUGACGACGAAGGGCGCGACUGUGCAUCUGUAUGGGAAGACGACCCGGCCGGGACGGAAGAUGGGACAUAUCAACAUCGUCGCCGGAAGCAUGGACGAGUGCGAAACGCGUCUGGCCCAGAUCCAGACCGGCGAGUCCUCCUCAUCCUCAUCCUCCGACGAGCAGAAGGAAAAGCCGCUCGUGGGAAUCAUCAUGGGCUCAGACUCUGAUCUCCCGGUGAUGGCCACCGGCGCGCGCAUCCUUCAGCAAUUCGACGUCCCGUUCGAGGUGACAAUCACGUCCGCGCACCGGACGCCGUUCCGGAUGACAAAGUACGCGACCGAGGCCGCGGCGCGCGGGAUCAAGACGAUCAUCGCGGGCGCGGGCGGAGCAGCGCAUUUGCCGGGUAUGGUGGCGGCGAUGACUACGUUGCCGGUUAUUGGUGUGCCGGUGAGGGGCAGUACUUUGGAUGGCGUUGAUUCUUUGUACUCUAUCGUUCAGAUGCCGCGCGGUAUCCCGGUAGCCACAGUGGCAAUCAACAACGCGACCAACGCCGCCCUGCUCGCGGUCCGCAACCUGGCGGCGUUCAUGCCAAAGUACCAGUUGAAGCUCGAGGAGUACUACGCCUCGAUCGAGAAGGAGGUUCUCGACAAGGCUGAUAGGUUGGAGACUAUUGGCUUUGAGUCGUAUCUCAGUAAAUAAGAAGUUUGCUUUGAGGGUUGGGUGGGUGGUUGUGGUGGAAAUAGGGGUAGGAAGGAGGGUGCUGGUUGUGGUUGUGUACUAUAAUAUUACUAAACUAAUAGAGGAAUGUUACAAGAUCAUUAAU